AGGAGGGGGACACAGGUUUGAGUGAGGGGCUGUGGUUAUCCAUCAAGCACAUUUCCUGCGCCAAUCGGAACAGCUUUCUGCUUGCCAACCAGCCAAUGGAAUACUUCAAGCAUCAUGUCUAAUUCAUGUGUUGCCUUGCCUCUCCCAGAGUGGAAUUCUAUUUUUUAAUAGAAAGUACCCACUUUUGAGGUGGGCAUUUUUUUUCUAUUAGGAAAAAAAAAUAAGUAUUUCCUUACUGAAGGUGUGGAGGAACAUCUGGAAUUUCAAGCACUCCCCCUUAGAAAAAAGGAACAAUAGCUUUUUGUCAUUGCUGGACUGCAGCAAGAAAAAUCAACAGUAACAGAGGGAGUAUUUUGUAUGGGAUUUUUGAAAAACGGAUCAAGCAUUUCUUCCUGGAUUUCUUUUGUACACUUUUUAAAUACCUGGAGCAAUCUGCACUGGCAAACCCUGCUCAAGCAUCUUGGCUGUAUUUCUUCUGCUGACCAUGUACCAGUUGCUGACAGUAAUGCUGUAUGCUACUCUGGAGGCCCUUGCUGGGCGCACAGCUUUAGCUGUCAUUCAGGUACCCCAUCACACAAACCAGAGUUGGGGGUUGCCCAGCUUGCUGGCCCACCUGAAGCGCUUGACAUCAUCAAAUACCAAUGCAACCAUGAGUGCAAGCAGGGUCCGGCCCUCUGAGACGUGCCAAGGCUAUUACGAUGUCAUGGGGCAGUAUGAUGCUGCAUUCAACUGUACUACGGGGGGAUACCGGUUCUGCUGCGGCACAUGCCAGUACCGGUUCUGCUGUGAUGACCGAUCCAGGAGGUUGGAGCAAGGGAAGUGUCGGGAUAGCCCUCAGUGGUUUGCCACUACUGUUGCUGGCACAGCCACAAAUGGACCCGAUUCAUCAAAUGGGAGCAAGCAACAGGGCAACAGCACCGUGUACGUCAUCUGUGGUGUCAUUAGCUUCACUUUAGCAGUGGGAGUUGGGCUCAAAUUCUUCUUCAGCAAAGCUUCAAGGAGACCACAUGGAAGAGAACUCAAUGUGCCCAGGUAA